AUGGAGGUGAGGGACCGCAGUCGCUCACCGUCUCGCAGGACCAGCAGAGUAGAGCAAGUGGUGGGACGUUGGCUUCGCUGCUCCAGAGAGUCCAUCAACCGAGAGUGUGUGCUAGAGGAUGGGCAUCUUGGUGACCCUGGCUCUCAGGAGCAGAGGAGCUGUCCAAUUAGAGUCCUGGUUAAGAUCCCACUUGACCCCACCCUCAACUUCCAUGGCUUUACUGUUUCAGAACACAGUCCACCCCAGGUGCAGGAUGUGAUAGAAGGUGGUCCUGCUGAUGGAAAGCUUGUCUCUGGUGACCAGCUAUUCAAAAUAAACAAUGUUUCUGUUGAUGAUCGAUCCACAGAACAGGCUGCUGACAUCAUCAGGGAAUGUCAGGGCACCUUAGUAUUGAUUGUCCUGAGAAAUACUGUGGGACCUAAGUCAUCCUUCAUAACUCCAGAGAAGAGAGCAAAGCUGAAGUCAAACCCAGUUAAAGUGAGGUUUGCAGAGGAGGUGAGUAAUGGUCACUCACAGGGUAACUCUUUGCUGUUCCUGCCUAAUGUUCUGAAGGUCUAUUUGGAGAAUGGCCAAACAAAGGCUUUUAAAUUUGAAUCUAAAACCACGGUUAAGGACAUAGUGAUGACUCUGAAGGAGAAACUCUCUAUCACCCGUAUCGAGCACUUCUCUCUGGUACUGGAACAACAAUACAGCAUCAGCAAACUAUAUCUACUGCAUGAGGAGGAGAUUAUUCAACAGGUGGUUGAGAAGAAGGAGACUCACGACUACAGGUGUCUGUUCCGUGUCUGUUUUCUGCCCAGAGAUUUUGAGAACAUGCUCAAAGAAGACCCUGUGGCAUUUGAGUAUCUAUACCUACAGAGUUUGAGUGAUGUAUUACAGGAAAGGUUUGCAGUGGAGAUGAAAUGUAAUACAGCUCUAAGAUUAGCUGCUCUACAUGCACAGGAAAGACUAGCCAGCAGUGGACAAUCCCUAAAAACACCAAUAAAGGCCAUAAUGAAGGAGUGGGGAACUGAAAGCUUUGUGUCCCACACCUUACUGCAAAACAUGAGAGAGAAGGACUUAAAGAAAGCCAUCAGUUACCACAUGAAAAAACUUCUAUCGCAGGAGCCCAAGCUAAAGGUGAUUUCAGUAAAUCAAGCUAGACUGAACUACUUGAUUGAGAUGUCUGAACUCAAGUCUUAUGGAGGAAAGGUUUUCAGUGCCACUAUGAUGCUGCAGGACAGAGAGUCAAUGGUGAGUUUGUUGGUGGGGGCCCAGUAUGGGAUGAGUCAGGUGAUCAACCACAAGCUAAGCAUCAUGACCACACUAACCGAAUUCAGCUGCAUUACCAAAGUGGAACUAUUACCUGAAUCUGAGAGAGUUAGUCUAAUCAAGAUCUACCUGCAGGACAUAAAGCCAAUAACCUUGUUGUUGGAGUCAGUGGCAGUUAAAGAUUUACUGUGUCUGGUGGCUGGAUACUGCAAACUGCUUGUGGACCCUCAGAUCUGUGUGUUUCCCUGGACAGCUAAUUCAAAGAGCCACCGCAUAUCUGCAGAGGAGGGUUAUGUGUCACAUUGUGGCAGUGACUCUGAAGACUCAGACACAGACAUGGAUGCUCUCCUUGCACAUAUUGCUAGCACUAUCAAAAGCAAUGAAAAAGCAGCUAAGCCCAGUGAUAAGAUACCAGGAGAAACUGAUAAAGAACAAAUUGAUGUGGAAAAAGGUGAGGUGGAGAGGGAAGAAGCAGUUGAAAAGAGAGAUAGGGAGAAGGUCAAAGAAACCAUACAUGAAUCUAUAGAUGAUAAUAUUGCAGAAAAAGAAGAAAUAGAUGAUGAGAGAGUGGGGGCAGAAAAGGGUGACAAAAAACAAGAGAAAAAGCCUGAAGAACCACAGUAUGUUAUCAUUGUGAAUGACCCUUCAUCUGAAGAAUCUGAUUCAUACCACACUGAGUCACAUUUCAUGACAAGCAUGUCCAGUGACUCUAUGGAUGCCUUAGAGGAGGACGACCUCAUGACCUACUGCUCUGCCAGAUGCCCAUGCCACUUUCCAGUGAAAGAUUCUUAUUGCUGUGAGGACCGCUAUUCACCGUCAUUUUCUCCAAGGCAAUUGCACAGUGAAGAUUGUCAUUCCCAAAGUGACCUGUGCUCUGCUGAUUCACAUGGUGAGCCUGAGGUUGACCAUUUAUUUAGUUUUGCUGCACUCUCAAAUAUAGUUGAAUGUCUGCCAAGCCCCCCUGAAGCCAAUGAGGAGGAGGAUUGUGAGGAACAGGGAAUAGAAAAAGAAAGCCACAAAAAGGGGUUAACUGCUGUAGCCCCUUCUACAGACUAUGUGUUCACAUUUGAGCAAGGAGACACAAGACACUACUACAAUAUCUGCUCCAAUGUUACACCUGACAGUGCCCGAAGCAUCCUACAACCUCUCUCUCCACCAGGCUCUAGGGAAAGGCAGAUGGAUCAGGAAGGACCUUGAGUGAACGAGGUAGAAACUGUGCCAAUUUUUCAGCCCCCACUAGGAAUUGGAGACAGCUGCUCAGAUGAUGAGUUCUUUGAUGCUCAGGAAAGAUUCACAUCUCCAGAAGAACCCUCCUCAGCAGACAUGACAAAAGUCAGUGAACAAGGGACAGAGGAUCUACAGAAGAAUGAACUGGAGAAAGAAGUGAGGGAAAAAGUGGUUACACACGAUUUAUCAAGGUUCCAUAAAAGACCCAAAAAGCGUCGCUCAUUCAUGGAAACAAAUUACACAUCCAUGGUAUCAUUCCCAGAACAGCAUCACUUAGAUAACAGCUAUGGUUCUUUAUCCAUCAAGAAUGGGACUGGUCAAAUGGCAUGUUUUGAUGGUGGGUGCUCAGAUCAAGAUCCAUGUCCAACAAUCUUACCCCUAACCCAUUCUGAAGGAGAACCAGCACAACUUGAAUUCAAACCCAUCAAUCCAUUCAUAGCCAAUGGAUUGGGAUCCCAUAAUCCCACUGAAACUCAAGUGGGUUUACAUGCAAACAAGACAUAUCAGCGGAAACAGCAACUUAUAGAGAUGGAACCAGAUUCCAUGGAGUCCAAAUCAGUCACUGAGCGAAUGCCCACUGUAUUACCAACUAUAGUAGCAUUGUGCUCCCACAUGGAGCUUCAGGUUACAGGUAACACCAGCAACCAUGGCAGCAAUGAUCAGGAAGAGGGUGCAGAUGGAGGCUUAGUUGAGAGACUGUUUGGAGGCCACUUGUUCUUUGACACAUCUGGAGGAAAGUGUGACAGCAGUGCAUUGUCUGGUCAAAGAAAUGAACAGGGAGACAAACAAAUGGAAUGUUCAUUCCAAAGCAUAUCAUUGACUCAAAAGAGCAGCUCACUGCCAAGACUAAGCCAGAUAACCCCAUCAAGUUUAUCUUGCUUCCAUGUCCCAACUAUAUCAUAUGCUACAAGCUCUGAUACAGAGAGGGAUGAUGAUACUGUAAGAAUAGAAUUUGGUAUGGGAAAACAUGUGGUGGAACCAACAGAGAGGACAAGGAGUAAGUGCAUGUCUGCCACAUCUGAUAGUGGUGUACUACUUUACCCACCAAUACACUUAUUUCCCCAUAGAGAAGCUGUAGUCUGCCCAAUAGUACCAGAAUCUAAUGAAACUGACAGUUCUUGUGACCCAUCCACCCAAGAACUGUCUCCCGGCAUUCCAUCUUUUGAACCCGCUCAAAGCCUCCAACUUGCACCCUGUUAAUGCGGCAUCCUUGGACGACUCUCGGCCUCAACACUUCGGGGAAAGAUCCAGAACCUUCCCCUCUACCUAUCACGUUCUCAGGAAAUGCUUUCUAAUGUCAGUGAUAAUGCUAAGCCUGCAAGAAGGCAUUCGGAAACUCAGCUAAAAAUAAAUAAAGAUGAGGUGGCAAAAGAGGCUUCUGAGGAUGCCACCUUGAAUGAAGGGGUUGCUGAAUUAACAGAGGUAAAAAUGGUUACUAUUGUAUCUGAGGAGCUCACUGAGGUCAUUGAUGAGGUAAGAGAGGUUAGCCACUGUAGUCUUCAAGCAAAUGGACAGCAGAAAACAAAAACUGAACCUAAACAUUUUUCUGUAAUACCCUCACCUUUGUGUCCUACUUUAAUCAACUCUCUCCAGGUUAGCCCUUCAUCAGUAGUGGUUACUACACAAAACCUAAAUGUGCCCUGGGGUGUAGUAACAUCUAAAGAAAUUAUUGGACUACAAGAAUUUAGCCACCCUUCUUCAAAUCUCCCCACAGCUCCCUAUCACCUUACCUCUGGCUGUGAGGUUUUCACAAACUGCCAGUCCAUACCUACAAUAUACCAUCCACAAUACUUGCUCAGCCCAUAUGAGAAACCAGACUUUAGCUGCAGCUCAGCAUUGGCUGUGGGGUGUGAGGCAGUAAUGGAGAGUGCUCAGACCCCAUUAGAGGUCUGCCAAAAAUUCUACACCAACUGUUUCAGUGGAGUCCUGGACAGUGCCAGCUUCGAUGAUGAACUCACUGUCUAUGAGUUUUCCCACAGAACAAAUCAAGGUGAAACAGAGGAUGCACUGCAGAUGUCUAUGCCUCCUUCCUCCCUCUCUGCAUCCCCUGCAUCUUUCUCACCAUCUUCUCCACUGCUCUUAUUCCCACAUAUAGUACUGCCAUCUUUUUCAUCUACAGAGCUCAGUCCCCUUCUAUUCUCCUUGGAUACCCCUGAUUGUUUUCUGUCGGACCCUCAUGAAGAUGUCAUCACUGCCCUGCUGUCUCGCCGGUAUCCCCUACCACCAACAGGAUUCCUUUCUUUGCAAAGGGAUUUGGACACCCUCUUGAGUCUCCUUGCUGGUGCUAUGAAGAAUGAGGAUGGAGUCCAAGAGCACCCCAGGGAUACCUGUGUCGCUCACUUUUCGGAGAACAAAAGGCGAUUACACGUGGAGGCUCAGGGGCUUUUGGCUGGAUGUCAGCGUGUGGUGAGGGUUGGGCAGAAACCAGAAACUCUUCAAUCAUUGUCUCAAAGCUUCCGCUCACUAGUGCAGCUGACAAGCGUGUGUUUAUGCUUCUCCAGCUGCCAGCGGUGUAAGAAGCGCCAUGCCCAAUCACUUACAGGUCUAGAAGAUGUUGCAAAAACAUACCAGGACUUUGCUCGGGAAGCAGAAUUAGUUGGUUGUGCUACUGAAACGAAGACUUGUCACGAUCUCAGCAUUAAACUCCUUGCUUGCAAAUGCACUGCACUUACAACCUCAGUCUUCUGCCUCACCCAGCUCUUUCGUACUCUCACUGCCCUUUGA